GAGAAACCAUGGAGCGCAACAAGACACGUUGGGGAGACUCACCAAGCGGACGGGAAAAGUGCCAGUUUCCGCUCUGUUUGUAAGUCACUUUCAGCGACAGUCGGCAGAUUUUUGUUCACCAGCAGGUGGACAUUGAGUUUCCCCGAGCGUGCGUAAAUUGACUGGAUAAGUCUUGGGAAGAAAAUAGUAUUGGAGUGACCAGCAGCAACCAAAGAACGAGAGGAAAGGAGGGAUAAAAGCGCCCGAAGGAAAGGCGAGUGCCCGUUGGAUAGAAAUGCUCUCUGUGAUAUUUCUUCCACAUACUUGAACAUUUCACGUUGUUCUUGGGGGAAAUGUCGCUGGUGUGCGCUGCGUAAAACCCCGGACUGCUUUCAUGCCUCAUGCCAUUAACGGGAACAGUUACUUAUCUUCAAGGGAACUGUGAGCGGAGCUGAGAUUGAACAAAGAAGGAGGCACUGGGCUCAAAAUAAGAAGCAGCCACUGAACAGUUACGAACCAUGGUGAAGUUUCAUAACUCGGACCUAUGGAUAGCCUGGAUGGUCCUUUUCUGCAUGGAGGGUUCAAGGUUUGAUCUACACACAGGGAAAGUGUGUGUGCGAGCGCUGGAUGUGACGGUGUCCCAGAGCAGUAUCCAGGUGGCCCGCGGCCAAGCAGCCGUCCUGCCCUGCUCCUUCACCACCAGCGCUGCCCUCAACAACCUCAACAUCAUCUGGAUGGUGAUACCGCUGUCCAAUGCCAACCAGCCAGAACAGGUGAUUAUUUACCAGGGCGGCCAGGUGUUCAGCCUCGCCAACCACCUCAAUGGCCGUGUGGGCUUCGUGGCCACCAUGCCAAGUACAAGUGCCUCCAUCUUCAUCAACAACACCCAGCUGUCCGACACUGGGACCUACCAGUGCCUGGUCAACAACCUCCCAGACAGAGGGGGGCGCAACAUUGGCGUCAUUGGGCUCACCGUGUUGGUGCCCCCGUCGGUGCCAGCAUGUCGGAUACAGGGCACACUGGAUGUAGGCAGUGACAUCAUGCUGUUCUGCAGCUCAGAGGAAGGUAUCCCCACGCCGUCCUACUCCUGGGAGAAGCUGGACGCUCUGCCCAAGCUGCCACACAACGCCAUGCAAGACCAGAUGCAGGGCACUGUAACACUGAGAAACAUCAGCACCAGCACCUCAGGACUCUACCAGUGUACCUCCAGCAACGCUAUUGGCAAGAGCACCUGUCUGCUCAACUUGCAGGUCGUACCACCUCAGCCUCAGAGUGUGGGUCUGAUAGCAGGCACCAUCGCUACAGGAGUCCUUGCUGUCAUCAUCUGUUCCCUGUUAGUGGUGGUCACACUUUUCUACUGGAAGAACAAGAACAAGUACGACGAGGAGGAGAUCCCCAAUGAGAUCAGAGAAGAUGACCUUCCUCCCAAGAGGUCAUCAUCAGUGAAGGCUUUCCACGCCGACGCCUCAUCCUCAGAGAACGACACGCUGACAUCCACCAACACCUACAACAGCCGCUACUGGCACAACCCCAAACCCAACUACGACACCAACUCCUACACGCGCUACAACGGAGACACUCGCCAGACCUUCUCCGCUGCUGCUCACGGUGCACACGGACACGGACAGGCCCAGAACGCAGGACACGGCCACAGUACAGUGGUCACAGCGCCAGGCUCAGCUCCGCUGUCCCGCCACGCACAGCACACAACGGCGACGACCACAUCGUUCGCCAACGGCAGCCACACGCUCCCACCGCCCAAGACUCUGGUGGUCACCACGAACUCUGCCCCGUCCCCUCCCGCCAUGGUGCGCAGCAACGGCUCUGUGAGCCUCAAACCGGUGGUGACGUCCACACACGGGCAGCACACACACUCCUACGCAGUGAGCCAGGCCACGCUGGAGCGGAUGGGGGCGGUGCCCGUUAUGGUGCCCGCCCAGAGCAGAGCAGGCUCGCUGGUGUGAGGCUCAUUUGAUAAACUGUUAGCUUUGAAAACAAGGCUAAAUGAGUGUUUGGUUGUAACGUUUGAAACCCACUGAUGAAAAAUAUGGGCUGAAGCAGCCCGCUGCCCUUUACAGCUGUGUCUUUCUGUAUGUCUCGACCUCUUUAUCUCAAAACAAACAAUUUUUACAGUGCAGAGUUCAUUUAAUGCCAAUUCCUUGAUGGAAGGGACCCUUUGUUUUGUAGAAAAGCACUACAUGGAGUCUGAUCAUCCCCUUGGAUGGAUUUUCCUGGCUGGUGUGGUGGGAACUAUUUUUCAACCACUUGGAUGAUUUCACAAAGCUGGAGUGAAAUUUCCUGCAGAACCUGGAUUCCCAGAUCUUUUUCAGGGCUGGAUCAUUGUGAUGAUUGUGUUUGUUUUUUGUUUAUCUUUGGACAACACAAGGCAUUUUCAUCUCAGUGUGUCCAUACUGCAUGGUCAGACGGAAGCAAGCUUGGAUUUCCAUAUAAAUGCAUGUGUCUCUUGUUUAAGCAUAACAAAUUAAGUCCAUAUUGUUUCUAAUCAUUUCUUUUCACAGUUGUACUUGUGAUUGAUGGUAUAGCGAUGAUGGCGAUAAUGCAUUGAAAAAGUGAAUGUUCAAACGUCUGUUGGAUGAAAGAAUGAAAUUAUGUUGGGUGAAAUGGCCUUAGAAGCUUAGGGAGAUGGGUUUUAUUGGGUGCAAUACAUCACAUAAUAUACUUUAUUCAUUGAAUGCAAACAUUAAUUACAUUUUCGCACUUUUCAGAGCAAUUUUAUAUCAAAUCUGCUGUCUUACAAACAAUAACUCAGUCUUACUAAAGACAUGCUUUACCCAUACAACAUGUAUCAAACUUUUCUGCACUUACAAAAUACUGGUGACGUUUAAAGAUAGCACAAGAACUGGAUUUUCACAACAGAAAGCUACUGUCCCCCUGAUAGAAACUUGAACCUGAAGAUGGAUAUUGUCAUGGUCUUCGCUGUGUUCACCCUUGUCGGUUCAUGUCACAUCAGCGCUGCUUUGAGAAAACGUGGAUAUGAGGAUGUCUUAUUUCAUAAAUGCUUUAUAAAGAGACAAAUAUAUAUUUAAAGGUGAUUUUUUCCCCCUUUGACAAAGGCUAACACCUAUCGUUUUCUACUGUACAUAUUGUAACUAAAGCAGUAGGCUAGAUUGUGAAUCAAAGAAAAACAUUACAUGUAUGACUGAUACAUAUUCUACAACUCAUGUGUCUUAAUUUUAAAUCGGUUCUUUUUGUUACAUUAUAGACGACAAGCCGGGUUUGAUAGUCAGUGUUAUUGAUUUAAAUGAAGGGAUGUUUUUUUUAAUGUUUCCAUUUACUGCCAUUUCAUUUCUGAGGUGAAUACAGUACGGUUUAACAUGAAUGGCCAUAUGUUUUACUAUUAAUAAUAGACACCUAUGCUGUAUAUGGUAGAAAGUAUCACUGUGUUUCUGACCUACUGUAUUUAUUUUCUAACCAAAUCUCACCAGUCUGUUAAAAAACUGUUACAGUGUUCCCAAAUUUAACAAUCCUCAUUUCUUAUUGUGCACCACCUGAACGCACAAUACUAAUAAUUUAUUGUAGCUAUGAUGCAAUAUUUGAUGCAGCAAUUAUUUGUGUGUUACAUUCAGUAUUGGAAAGUGUGUUUUAUCCUUCAAAGCAAUUCCUCUUUGAGCUCUAUCGUAAGGUGCUGUUUUGGCAUUUAAAGUUUUACUAAGACGAAUUUGUGUGCUAACAUUACAAAAAGUACUCCAGCUGUAACACAUAUGAUGUCAUGAUUUAUGGUGGAAACAAUUUUUAUUUUUUACUUAAUCCAGACUGACUUUCAAAACACCUUUAUGUGGGGACGAUUAAAUGUAUUUAUGUCUUUCAUGCCAUUUCCCAGUAGGUGUUAUAUAUUACACUCAAUUAAUUUAAUUAGAGAAUAAAAAAAGGAAGGGUUGGCAGCUAUAGUGGUAGUGGUUAAUAUUUCAGACUGGAAACACAAACAGAAUGCUCUUUAAUCUCAACAAAUAUUUGAAUAUGAGCAAUAAAUACUAACCAAGGUGAUGUACUUUUCUGUCAUUGAGGUCAUCCAUUAAAGCUGGAGUAAGCAGUUUUCUUUUUUCCCAAUCGGCAAAUAUUCCACAAUUACCUAUCAUCAUAUUGUAAUUCAAGUGAAAGAAAACUAGACUUAUACACCUUCUCUAAAACAAGACUAGGUCAAAAGCUGACAGCGAUUUUAUGGAUUUUUUUUUUUUUUGAGGCAAUGUGUGACAGGAAUAGUCCCCCCCAACAUUGUUUAUUGUUUUUUCUCAACGAAAAAAAGACACAGCACUUAAAACCACAAAGCUGACAAAACUGAAAAUAGUUAAAGUGAAACAAUUUUGCGAGACAAUAUAUGCGUACAUUGAAUGGUAAUCAAGAGCAAUAUAAACUUCAAAAAACAAACAAAAAACAAACAAACAAGAAAUUUGAAUAAAAAAUAAGAACAAAAAAGAAUAAAAACAAAACACAUCAGUCAGUAGAAAUAGAAGUGAAUAUUUUGGAUAUUAGUAAUUAGUAUGCUUUUGUGCCGGUUAUACAAACAAGUAAUAAUACGCUUAAUGAUAUAUAUUUUUUAAAUGCGUAGGUCACUCUGGCUUCUACUGGAUCAAUUAGGAUUCCGUUCUAUUAAAUGUAUCAGUCCACACUGAGGGCAUGAGAGAU